UGGGCCCUUCUAUGAAAUCUUCUCCUCUCGUAAGACGAACGGCCAGCCCUUCAUCCAAAAACAUGGCAGGACCUAACGGUGAAAUCGUCGAUAGAGGCGUGGCAGCGCAUCAGCGGAAGAUAUAUCUAUCCUGGCUAGUGCUAGUCUGGGGUUCCGCUCCCAAGAGGCUCCAGGCUCCAGAUAUGGUUUAUAGGCACUGCCAAGGGCGCGGAUGGCUGGGAUUCCCGUUUCUAAAAAAGGCUUCCCUUCUCCUUCAGGAUUUCGCCGAUCAAAUGGCCUGGUUCAUCAGAUAA